GAAAGAAAAAACUGCAAUCUGAAAACCGAGCGCCCCCAAAGGCCAAAACACAAGGUCGAACCCUAGAAACGCGACCAUGGACUCAGGGGGCGGAGGAGGGGGAGCGCACAAGGCUGCGUCGGGCUCCGCGCCCUCGGCGGCGGUGCCGGCUCCAAACCCCACGGCAAUGCUCUCAGCCCUGAUGAGUAAGCGCGCAAAGCUCCAGGAGGAGGUCCGUUCCAUCGAGCGGCAGGUUUAUGAUAUGGAGACCACAUACCUACAAGAGUCUAAUCAAUUUGGAAGCGUGCUGAAAGGUUUUGAAUCAUUUUUGUCAUCGUCAAAAAACACUGCUAACCUCAAGCGGUCCAGAAAAUUUCAGGCUGAUGAGAGGCUAUUCUCUCUGUCGUCAGUUACCUCUCCAGCGGUCGAGGAACAUCUGGCUGGACGAGAUGAUGGAAGAGAAUAUGGAUCUGGUCGUUCAAAGGGCGCAAGCACUCCUGCUAAUGGCCAAGGGAAACCAAAGAAGGGAGGGCGUCCUGGAGGGAGAGAUGGCAAGAGAAUACGGCCAUCGAAUGAUCCAGACCUGGAUGACGAAGAUGACUACUAACCGUUGCAUGUCGCAAUGCUGUUUAGUUUGUGUGAUUCUUCUUAGCUCUUAUAGGGUCUAGUUUGUAUGAUUCUUCUUGCUAUAUUGCUUGUAGGAUUGUUGUUUUGCAAAUACAAGUACUAUUUUUUCUUCCCGUUUUGCAACAUAAGGUAGCAGCAGGUUAAUAGAUUGUGAAAGUUUAUUGGGCACAAUUCUGUUUGUUCUUAGGAA